AUGUCAGCAGGCUAUAUUGGUCAGGCGGGUUGUAUUGAACGAUUUUCUGGUGUUGGUUCAGAUGGAGUAUCAGCAUUUGUGAUGGAGGGAGAUUCAGUCACUCUACACACUGAUGUUAAAACAAACCAACAAGAAGAUAUUAAAUGGUAUUUUAAUGACAUUCGCAUCACUCAAAUCACUGGAGAUCUCAGUUUUAUCUGUACAGAUGUUCAGUGUAAUGAAGGUACUGAGAGAUUCAGAGACAGACUGAAGCUGGAUCAUCAGACUGGAUCUCUGACCAUCACAAACACCAACACUACAGACUCUGGACUUUAUGAAUUAAAGAUCAUCAGCAUCAGAAGCAGCAGUGAAAAGACAUUCAAUGUUACUGUUCAUGAUGUUCCUGCUGCAGAACAAGAUGAAAUGAAGACAAAGUUAGUGAAGGAGGGAGAAUCUGUUACUUUAGAUCCUGGUGUAAUGAAAAACCCAAAUGAUUUGAUGACGUGGUAUUUUAAUGACAUUUGCAUCGCUGAAAUCACUGGAGAACCCAGAAUGAUCUGUACAGAUGGUGAUGAGAGAUUCAGAGACAGACUGAAGCUGGACAAUCAGACUGGAUCUCUGAUCAUCAUGAACAUCAGCACCACAGACUCAGGACUUUAUGAACUACAGAUCACCAGCAGCAGAUUCAGCAUCAUAAGGAGCUUUAGUGUUAAUGUCACUGGUGAAAUAGCAGGAAUAUGUGCUGCUGCUGUCCUGCUUAUGGCUGCAUCUGUUUGUGUGUUUUAUAUUUACAAGCGUCGAGUAAAAAGGAAAGACACCAGGACACGGCACAAUGAUCAGGUGAUUGGUGUUAACGAUUUGUCGCCUAAUCAGAGUGAGAUUCCACUGAUGGAUGAUGCCAGUGAGACGCCCUCUAAUCACACUGAUGCUCUAGUGAUGAACACUACCAAUGACCCGUCCUCUAAUCACAUUGAUGCUCUAGUGAUGAACACUACCAAUGAGACGCCCUCUAAUCACACUGAUGCUCUAGUGAUGAACACUACCAAUGACCCGUCCUCUAAUCACAUUGAUGCUCUAGUGAUGAACACUACCAAUGAGACGCCCUCUAAUCACACUGAUGCUCUAGUGAUGAACACUACCAAUGAGACGCCCUCUAAUCACAUUGAGAUUGAGCCUGCGGCUGCCAUGUCAUCAUACCAAGAUUUUAGAAGCUGGUACCAAUACCAAGUGAAAUUUCACCUCAACGCUAGUUUCAACACCACAGCACAGCUCCUAGUCUAUUUUUGUGUGAUUGGUGUUAACGAUUUGUCGCCUAAUCAGAGUGAGAUUCCACUGAUGGAUGAUGCCAGUGAGACGCCCUCUAAUCACACUGAUGCUCUAGUGAUGAACACUACCAAUGACCCGUCCUCUAAUCACAUUGAGAUUGAGCCUGCGGCUGCCAGUGAGAUUGAACAUUAUUAA